CGUCUUGAAAGAGGAAACCAUUCAAGAAAUGAAGGAGCUUAAGGAAAGAUGCAUUCGAGUUGAGAAAACUUUAUCCACAGAAAUUGGUACACUUAUCGAAGAACUAUCUGCACUAGAUGGAGACAUUUUGAAACUGAAAAAAAAAAUACGUCAUGCUGAAUCCGAAAAGAUGAAGCUUAUAAUCCAAUUGCGGGAAAAAGAGGAAGAAGUUGAACAACUGAAACAACAAAGAGAUCUACUUCAAAAACGAUAUAACAAGAUGAAGGAAGCAAACUUUAUGUUGAGGAAUGAAAAGAAUUGUUAUAAAGGAACGCAAGAGAGGUCUACGUUGGACAAGAUCUUAGAAAUGGAAACUUCGCUUUCAACCGACUCAGAAAAAAUGGCACGACGAAAGGAGUUGUUUAGAAAUCUAAAAUUUGAAAAAACCGACAACGCACCUUUGAUAAAGUUAGACGAGGACAUGAGCAAACACCGAAUUGCAGUCAUGGAUAUGUUUUGUGCCAAACGAGACAUAGCUCAUUACACCGGAGUAAUUUGUCUUACUUUACAAGGACGUUCUGAUUUGAUUCAAGAGAUUUUAAAGACGUCAAAUUUAUUGCGUUCUGAUUUCGAUGCAACAUCAAUUCUAUUGAAAAAGCUUCAUGAAAAAUCAAAUGAAAUUACUACUUCGACAAUUCCCGUGAUAAAGCACGCAGUUGACGGACACGAACGUAAACUAGACAUAAGGCCUCUAACCAGGAAUGUCGCAGAGAUAGAAACUGAAUUAUCGAAAAUAUUGUCCAGGAGAGAGGAAAUAUUUAUAGCUAUCCAGGAGAAUAUAGUCACUAUAUCCUCAUUGAAGCGCAAAAUAUCAGCAGUGAACCAAGACGAAAAUCACAUCCAGCGAUGUGCGUCUACAUAUAUCGGAAAGGUUUUUCAAGAGCAGUCAACGAUCACAAAAUUUUGGUACAAACUUAAAGCGGCGCUGAUGUAUAUAGGAGGUCAAGGGAAAUUAUUAGAAGUCUAUCGAAAACACAUUGAAGAAGAAACAUAUUCCCACAGAUUCCUGAGGUUACUCAGUCAAGUAGACCAGAAUUGGCAGGUGAUCGGUGAGAUGUGCAGUCUAAGCUGUGGCGAACGGAACAAAGAAGCAAAUGUACUGUACAGUUUUGCUGACAACAUUGUGAAUGUCAACACUACAACCUGAAUCGAGUUGUUCUCAAAGACGUUUUCUUACAUAAAUGUCGAUUGCGAUUCAUAUGAUUACUGGUACCCAUUUGUGUUAAAAUUUAUUUUAAUAUUUUCUACGUAAACAAUGACAAACAGACAAUUCUUUUAUUUGCGAUGGUGUAUUGCAUAUGAUGAAACAAGUCUUGAUUAUUUAAUGUUUGUAAAGACAUGUUUUACUAAAUGUUUCAACUGUUUUUUUUUCAUGAGAAACGCGUACUAAAAACGAUCAUAAUAUAGGUAUGUGUGACGAUGUUUUCAUAGUCAAACAAUUAAUUAGACAUUGUAUGAGGUUUUGUCGAUUUGACGUUUUCCUUUUGUUAUUUGUGUAAAUAACAGUGCUGAACUACGGCAUAUUCAAUGACCCUGUGCGAUUGUGUUUGAGAUUUGGCGCUGAUCAACCAUCUAUAACCCUAAUGCUACAUAAAUCCGGAUAUUACGUAACUUGUGUAAUGUCUAUAUAGGACAUAAUUCAUUGGUGUGCGUAUAAAACAUGUAAAGCAUAUAUACACCAUAAGUGCUACGUAUGUAGCACUAACCUUCUAUAUGAAAACAAAGGAAUAAAUCUGCAAACGUUUGAACAGUGAGAUCUACUAGGACUUAGCACUUUUUCAUUUGAUUUAUUGUAUACAGAAUAUAUAAUGUUUACUAAGAGCAAUGAAAUAUUCCUGUAUACUAAUGUGAAUAUUUAUUUUUUUAUUCAUUUUUCGGAAAUAAGUAUUUAUAUAAAAUGUUCGUUAUUAACGUAUUAUAUCUGUAUUGAAUUACCCGCGUUAUAUUUUAGAUAAGGACUGAAGGCGGUGUUCUUCGUGUGGUGUAUUCUGAUGAUUACAAUCAGAUUCGGAAUUGUCCGCUUUAAAUAGUUUUUUUGGAAGCGUUCCUUAAUUCAUUAUUUCAAUAAUGAUUUUAUAAAAUGUACCACUGAGUGCCUAUAAGAUGAAAAAAUACCGGCAAAUGAACUAUAUAACAGGUAAAGCGUAAAAAUACCUUUAGAGUAAUUAUGGCGCAACCUUCUUUUGUGAAUGUCAUACUGUAUAAGUUUAAUAUCAUUUUCUUAUGUUGUACGUCGCCCGCGACAACACAAUGUGCCCUUUUAAGCGUUUAUACUUAUGAACGAACUUAUAUGCAGUUACAUUCCAAUUGCAAAGUGAUACGUGUUUGGUUGUUGUUGUUGUCAUCUUUGUUGGUUAUGUAUUAGUAAUGAAAUUGUUCUAAUGCGCAAGAAAUGAGUAGUUUGACUAAGGCAUGACGUUACUUCAGAGUUGAUCGUCGCACUGUGAUUGUUUUAGUUUUGUGUGUAAAUAUAUAUAAUUCCUUCAAACUUGAUAUAAUAUUUUUUUAUUAUAAGAAUACGCACAUUUUGUUAUGGACACGUAACAAGCUUUUAGUUAUGCCCUUUUGAAAGUAUGAACUUAGUUCAUGUGAAAUUCGACUCGUACUUCAUCAUAGUAAAGUGUUUUGUCUGUUCUCUAGUCCUAAUAAAAUCAAUUUACACAGCAACAAUGUUAUUUAAGUAAGGACGUCCUCACUUUUCAACAGAAUUUUUUUCUGAAACUUGUUACUUUUUUCCACAAAAACAUGUUUAAAAAACUGUUAAUUCGAAA